GACGCAUUUGACGUGACGUUGCAUAAAAUGUUCAAGAAUGAUUACCAGGGGGGAGCUGUGUUCGACAUCUUCAGUGGACAAGGAAAAGACCCUGUAGCUAAAUGGAAACUUUGUGGAGGAACCUCAGCUAUACAUAAAGAGUAUAAUAAAGAAGUUAAAGGAUUUGUUUACUGUUUGGAGGGAAGCAGCCAGACAGUCAAGAUGCAAAUGCCAGAGAAUGCAAAAAUGUCUCUCCGGCUUAUCCAAAGGUAUUUGGUCCUUCAAGUGAAUAUUCCUCGGAGCCAUGAUUUUUCUACUGAGCUUGUGAUAACAGAUUCAGAGCAUCUAAAAAGAAGGCUUCACUUUUCAACACUGCAUAAAGAGUUGUCUGCAACAUUAUUGCAUGCAAAGAUACCUUUCACAGAUUUGAAAUGUGAUACUUGGUCUACUUUGUGCAUCGACCUCGUAUCGUGGACCAGAAAACUAUUCAAGGGAUAUGUGACCCUGGAUGGCAUUACUUUGUUUGCUACCUGUAAAGUCCGAAGAAUCUUCACUAUGAAAACAGAUGCUGGAAAAAUGUCACAUGAUGAUGUGUUUCUUGAUGGAGCUACUUUUGUGGACAUGAUCCCUCAAAGUUUCCGGUACCCACCUGAUGUGCACCAAAUUGCUCGCAUGUUGAGCAUUGAGAAUUUGCAGAAGGCAGAGAUGAGGUCUGAUCCUUUCAUCUCGGGCUCUGUACCUGAUCAGUCUCCCACUGCCAUAUCAACCAAAGAUCGGAGAGCCAAGCCCCAGGGUGUCUUACACACAGCCUCAGGCUCCAGAGCCUCAGCACCAUCUCCCCAAACUGGAAGUAAAAGCGGCACAACCAAAGACAGACUGGAGAGAAGUGGUUUCCCAUCAAGUAAAAUGAAUAUGAAGAUUACUCCACAGAGUCAGAAUAUUAGCAAGAUGGGUGAAAAUUUAUCCCAUGGUCAGCGCUCCCAUGUUCCUCAUGAGGGAGCAUUUUUCAAAUUACAACCACACCCGCCCCAAAAGGGAGGCUUCGGCAAGCAGGGAUGUAAGAAGCUACGGGUCAUCAGUGCAGGAAAAGAGAAGAUACCAUCAUCAGAUGUCCAGAGGAAGACGAGUGUUAGGGAGAAGUAUACCUUUCCAUCCAGUCAGCAGAAGAGUAGACCACAGCCUCUGACCUCAACAGAAAAGUCAGAACAUCGAACUCCAGGUGAGCGUAGUUGCAGCCCUGCCAAAGGAAGUCCCGGAGCCAUUGCCACACCAGCAGAGUCUCAGCUCGAGCCAGGUUUGUCUUCUGACCUGCAGGUUUGGAACAGCUGGGAGAGUAAUGAGGAGUCUGAGCCCCAGCUCACUCUGCAAGAGGAGGUGUUCACUUUUUCAUCGCCGCCACACUCACCCAAACGAGGGCAAAACCAAGGUGACCAGGAAAAGAUGGAGAUGGGAGAUGAUCAGGUCCAGAGCAACAGAAGAGGGCGGCAUCAUGCCCAGCCUGAAGACGACUUUAUUGGCAGCGAAAGUGAUGAGGAUAAGAGAAACAACUUGUUCGACUAUCAAAAGUCUAGAACAUCCUCUCCUGCUUCACCCAGACCUCCUGAUGCAACUCAACAUGAGCAAACUGAACAUCAUCCUGAUUCUUCUAAGACAAACCAAGCAUCACAAAAACAGCUUUCAUCAAACACCUGCAUGCAGCUUCUAUCCAGUGGGGGAGCUGCACCAGCAGAUAUGGUCCCCACACGCUGCCUCUCACCAGACAGGCAGGACCUCAAGUUGCGGAACCAUGUUUCGGACAGGAACAGCAGUGUUUCACUUUGUACGAAGCUUCUACAAGAAGUCAUGUUGGGUGACUCCAAACAGCACAAGGAAAAAGAAGAUGUGAUGCUGAAGACUGUUUAUUCAAGUCAUUAUGUCCAACAACUGCAUGGCAGCUCACAGAUGUAUGAAGAUGAUGAUGAGGAACUCCGAAUGCUGGCUAGCCUGAAAAGAGAGCAGGAAGAAGAAGAAUGCAGAGCUGUGGGCCUCAGUGCAUCUCAGAUCCAGCAGUGUGAUGUCAGCAUCAGCCUGAGCAGUGACGACACCUCAACCUGGACCCACAUUUCCAUGCCAGCAAAUCAGGGGUUUCACUAUCAAAAGGAAAUGAACCCUUUGCUUCAGUCAAACCCAAGAGAGUGGAUGGACGUGCUCAGCCCUCCUAUUAUGCCUCCCAGCCAGCAGAGAAGGUCAGCCUACACACAGAACAAUUUGGAAAGACUAGUCAGAGGAAAGGAUGGGCUGGUGAAAGAAGAGGAGAAUGAAGAUGAAUAUUUGAAACUGCUCUAUGAUCCUUGCCUCAACUGCUAUUUUGAUCCUAAAACAGGAAAAUACUAUGAACUAACUUGA